UGGGGUGGGGGAAACAGCAAUGUUGACAUGCGAUAAAAUCAAUCUAAUUAGUAAUUAUUAUUUUAUCGGAGAACUAAUAGGAAAUUAUAUAUGAAUCAAUUGUUAUUCAAUUGUUUAUUUCUAGCUUAGAUAAUAUGACUGACAGAGAAAUCAAAGUACAAAAAUAUUUAGUCAAAUGAUUCUUUCUUUUAACAGAAUUUGUCCAACCUAUUGCAUUCAACAUGGCGGUAUAUUAGUUGGUUGGUUCUCGAAAAGUUUCGUUUAACAUGGAUUUAGUCGGCUUUUCGUGCGCAUCUUCAUUUGUUUUAUUUUCCAGAAAAUAACAAGAUUGGUAAGACCGUCGUUUGUUAAAUGCAGAAAACCUAAAUUAUCAUGAAAAGAAACGACGCGUGUUAGAUGAACGUGGAACUCGGUUAGACAUGACAAGGGAAUGGUGUUAGAGCUCGAUUGAUUUAACAGUUAUUUUUCCUCUUAUCUACAUUUUAUUCUAAUAAAACAAGGACAAAAGACACACCUUUGUGAUUUUCAUUAAACGACAGUUUUUAAAAUACUUGCUAAUACUAAAAUACAAAAUUUGACAGAUAGAUAGACGCAGCUGAAAAUAGAUUAACAAAUCUAUUUCACAAGUCACAUUUGUCUUUAAAGGAAGUUACUAUUUGUGAGAAGUGAAAAUACGAACAUUUAGACACAUGUCAUACGUUUACAUAAGUAUUUAAGAUAUCAAAGUACUUGCAGUUUUGCAAUGAUCUGAAAUAAAUAAAAAUUUGAUAAGAUAAAAACAAUUUACUUUAAAAGGAAUAAUUUUUUGUUCAUGACAUAUAACUACCACAGAUGUAAUAAGAAAGUGAAGGAUUUAUCCUGUCACCACAACAAAUCUCCAUACAAAUGUUUGCAAAUAAUAUAGGAGAAAUAAAUAAUUGUAGAAGACAAAUAUAUUGUCAUUGAAAGUGACUGAUAUACGUUACAUGAGACUGCUCUUAUAGUUAAUAAUAUUUAAAUACAUACAAAAGUGUCGAUUUAAUCAAUCAUUGUGUUCUUAGAAUAAAGAAACGGAUAGCUUAUGUGUUAUCAAAUAUUCUAAAAUAAUAUAGUUUGAGAAUAGUCAUUCUUUUUACAGAUUAUAUAAGUAUUAUUAAGUAAUUUAUAAAUAAUGGCUGAAACUCAAAGAAUGACUAUUUAUGGAAGACAUCCUCCAUGUGCCACAGCAACUAGAUUAGAAGAACGUCGUGCCAGGAGGUUAGCUCUACGAUUAGAAAGAAACAGAAAGCCAGAUAAGCCUGAAGAUUUUGUAUGCUAUGAAUCAAGUGAUGAAGAAAGUGAAACUAUCACCGAAGGAAGACAGUUUUUAAGAACAUCUUUUAAUUUUGUCGACUAUGUACGUUCAAGAGAAACCAACACUAAGGAAGUACGGAAAAUUAAUCAAGAAUAUGGAUCAAGACAUAUACUGACGCAUGAUCUAUUCAAAGAAUACUCAGUUAGCUUAAAUAAUAUGAAUAAAGUAUUUUGCUCGCAAUGGUUGAGUGAUAGACAAGUUGUGUUUGGUACAAAAUGUAAUAAACUGAUGGUUUAUGAUGUAGCAACACAAAAAUUAGAUCAAAUACCAUCCCUACAUGGAAGGCAAUUAAAUCCGGGUGGAGGUCCUCUUCCUGAACAGCAAUGUGGUAUACAUUCUGUUCAAAUUAAUCCUUCUAGGACUCUUCUGUCUACUGGAGCCAAAAAUAGCAAUGAAAUAGCAAUUUACAGACUACCAACAUUGGAUCCAGUUUGUGUUGGAGAAUCUGGUCACAGAGAUUGGGUUUUUGAUAUGUGUUGGCUAGAUGAUGAAUUUUUAGUUUCUGGCUCUAGAGAUACAAAAAUGGCUUUAUGGCGGAUUGAUAGUGAUCUAGCUGAAGCACCUGAUAAAGCGGAUGUACCUACACACAGAUUAAUUCAACCUUUGUGCGUGAAAGAAUGUAGAUCAGCACAGAAGGUUCGAGCACUGGCUUUUAAUAAAGCAUAUAACGAAAUAGCUGCUCUAUCUUUAAAUAGUUUCAUACAUAUCUGGUCUGCUGAUUCUUUUAAACAAAAAAUAUCACGAAAGUUACCAGCUUGUCAAGAAAAUGUUUGCCUGGCAGUUCAAGACGAUGGUGUUUAUGCAGUUGGUUGUCGUUCUUACACAUUAUUAUUAGAUGCCAGAACUUUACAACCAAUUAAAAAGAUACCCUCAAGAUAUAGUGGCUGUGGUAUCCGAUCAGCCAGUUUUCAAGGAUCAGUUUUAACAAUUGGAACUGGUCUUGGAAUGCUUAUGUUUUAUGACCUUAGAGCUCAAAAGUACCUUGAAUCAUCUAUCAAUUCUAAUAGAACUGUUGCAUUGAAGGCCUCAAAAGGAUAUGUGUUUCCAGAUGAAGAAUAUAUAGAUGGUUUCCAAAAUGUUAAAUAUACUCCAGCUAUAUACACCCAUUGUUACGAUGCAUCAGGUACUCGACUAUUUACAGCUGGUGGACCACUUCCCGCAAACUUGUAUGGAAAUUAUGCAGGAUUGUGGCAAUGAAAAUAUGAGGAUUAAAUGAAGUAAACUAGAUUAUCAUUCGACUAUUAUUAAUAUUAAAUAAAUAUGACAAAUUUCAUAUUUAUACACAUGGUGGGUACAUUAUAAUAACAGAAUAUUGAAAUAUAAAAUGGGAAGAUAAGUGAGAGAAAUGAUAAGGAGAUGACUGAUUCUUUAAGCUUUCUUCUGCCAUACACAUAUUAUGCAUAAUUGAAUAAAUAAAUCUUCAUACUCGCUUAUCUACUCAUACAUUUUAUCAAGUAAACAAGAUUUUAUUAAUAUAGUUAGGAAUAUAUCUGAACGCAAUGUCCUUCUAGACCUUUAUUAAUGUUGUUUGUACUGCAAUUGGCUGAGAUAUUAUAACGUAAGCACUUAUUAUAUUGCACUAGCCCUUUAUUAUUAAACUAAAAUAAAAUUAUAAUCUAUCGAUUUUUCAUCGUGCAGUUAGAUAACAAGUAAUUCAGGUCUGGAUUGAUGAUCAUAUUUGUUCUUAUCGUAUGAUCAUUGAUGAGUAAUACGAAGUUGAUUAUUCAUAGUAUAAUACGAAGAAACAUCCAAAUGUUCGCACAUCCUUUUGCACAAUAAUAAAUAUCGAAUGUUCCUACGAAUUGAUAAUGAUAUAAUCAACUUCAAAUUAUUCAUUAUUCUAGCUCAAAGUAAUAUAUCGAGGGCAUAGAUUUUGACUCUAUGAGUAAUAAAAAUUUAAAAUACAACAAAAAAGCAUGUUUUUUGUAUUGUAUAUAAAAAAUAAU